UUAGUAUUAACUGCUCUUUCAUCUCAUCUCAAGCUAUUCUUCCUGCAAUGUCCAUGGACCGCAAUCCAUUAAUACUCACCCUCCUCUUUCUCAUCGCCACCGUCGUCGCCGGUGGCCGUGACCUCCCCGGCGAUGUUCUCCGAUUACCCUCUCAAGCUUCCAGGUUUCUCAAACCAUCUUCCGCCGACGAAAACGAGGGGACUAGGUGGGCAAUUCUGAUUGCCGGUUCCAAUGGCUACUGGAAUUACAGACACCAGGCUGAUGUUUGUCACGCGUAUCAACUGCUGAGGAAAGGUGGCUUGAAAGAAGAGAACAUUAUUGUUUUCAUGUAUGAUGACAUUGCUUUCAAUGAAGAGAACCCGCGGCCUGGAGUCAUCAUUAAUAGCCCACAUGGAAAUGAUGUUUACGAGGGAGUUCCUAAGGAUUACACUGGGGAUGAGGUUACUGUUAACAACUUCUUUGCUGCUAUACUUGGAAAUAAGUCGGCUGUUACAGGUGGCAGUGGGAAGGUUGUUGAUAGUGGUCCUGAUGAUCAUAUAUUUAUAUACUACAGCGAUCAUGGGGGUCCAGGGGUCCUUGGAAUGCCCACUAAUCCUUACUUGUAUGCAUCUGAUCUGAUUGAAGUCUUGAAGAAGAAGCAUGCUUCUGGAACAUAUAAAAGCCUAGUAUUUUAUCUAGAGGCUUGUGAAUCUGGGAGUAUCUUUGAAGGUCUUCUUCCUGAAGGUUUGAAUAUUUAUGCUACAACAGCUUCAAAUGCGGAAGAAAGCAGUUGGGGAACAUAUUGUCCUGGAGAGAAUCCUAGUCCUCCGCCAGAAUAUGAAACCUGCCUGGGUGACCUGUACAGUGUUGCGUGGAUGGAAGACAGUGAUAUACACAAUUUGCGAUCAGAAACUCUGCACCAACAAUACCAAUUGGUGAAACAAAGGACUAUGAAUGGAAAUACAAUCUAUGGUUCCCAUGUGAUGCAAUAUGGUGACAUAAGGGUUAGCAAGAAUAGUCUCUUCCUAUAUUUGGGUACAAAUCCUGCUAAUGAUAAUUUUACUUUUGUGGAUAAAAACUCAUUGGUGCCACCUUCAAAAGCAGUCAAUCAACGUGAUGCAGAUCUCGUCCAUUUCUGGGAUAAGUUCCGCAAAGCCCCUGAGGGUUCUCCUAGGAAAGCUGCAGCUGAGAAAGAAGUUAUGGAAGCAAUGUCACACAGAAUGUAUAUAGACGACAGCAUGAAACUUGUUGGGAAGCUCUUAUUUGGCAUGGAAAAGGGUCCAGAAGUGCUCAGCAGUGUUAGACCUGCCGGGCAACCACUUGUUGAUGACUGGGACUGCCUUAAAACUCUGGUUAGGACUUUUGAGACAUAUUGUGGAUCCCUUUCUCAGUAUGGGAUGAAACACAUGAGGUCCUUUGCAAACUUCUGCAACGCAGGAAUACAGAAAGAGCAAAUGGCUGAGGCCUCGGCACAAGCAUGCGUCAGUGUUCCAUCCAGUCCCUGGAGUUCUCUGCAAAGGGGUUUCAGUGCAUAAUUCCUAGCAUGCUCUCCAUUAAAAACCAAUGUAUAGUUGUUGUGUGAGAUUUGUAUACUGUUACAUUCUUCGUGAUUUCUCAUGCAACUCAACUCUGUAAAUACAAAUGGGACUCAUGACAUGUUCAUUGCAUUAUAAUCGUGUGCAAACAGAUGCUGUAAGGCUGUAACUAAAGGCAUUUAUCUGAAGGAAGGUUAGGGGACCAUAAGGGGCCGUGUAAUGUCUAAUGUAUCAGGGUUCAAGAUUUAUUUGUAUACUGAUAAAUCCAGUGGUUCUUAUUUUUAUUUAUUUUAAGAGUAUAUGAUGAGAAUAUGCUUUGUGACAA